AAAUACUUGAGUACCACGCUGAGGAAUUUGUACUUCACCCCCCUCACACUUCAGCCCAACUCCAAGGUUCAGCUCAGUCAGCAUUCGGCCGCAGCGGCAGCAAGUCCACAAAAACGCGCUCAUCAGAAUUGAUUCCAGAAUACCAAUUAACCGUCAUACUCAAAAAUGGGAGACUGGGAUUUCUUGUCAACCCUGCUGGACAAGGUCCAGUCGCACUCCACUGUCGUUGGAAAGAUCUGGAUGACGGUUCUGUUCCUGUUCCGGAUCAUGGUCCUGAGCACCGGCGCCAACAGCGUGUGGGGCGACGAGCAGUCCGACUUCAUCUGCAACACCAAGCAGCCCGGUUGCGAGAACGUCUGCUACGACUGGACCUUCCCCAUCUCGCACAUCCGCUUCUGGGUCCUCCAGAUCAUCUUCGUGGCCACACCUACGCUGGUCUACCUGGGCCACGCCAUGCACGUCAUCCACCAGGAGAACAAAUUGCGCGAAAAGCUGGCCAGCCCUGGCGGUCCGCGCCACCUCAAGUCGCCCAAGUACACCGACGACAAGGGCAAGGUGACCAUCAAGGGGAACCUCCUGGGGAGCUACCUGACCCAGCUGAUUUUCAAGAUCAUCAUCGAGGCCGCCUUCAUAGUGGGUCAGUAUUACCUGUACGGUUUCAUCAUGGUCCCCAUGUUCCCCUGCUCCAAGAAACCGUGCCCGUUCACCGUCGAAUGCUACAUGUCGCGGCCCACCGAGAAAACCAUCUUCAUCAUCUUCAUGCUGGUCGUGGCAUGCGUGUCCCUCCUGCUCAACGUGACCGAGGUCUUCUACCUGCUGUGCAACCGAUGCAAGGCCAGGUCCAGGUCCAGAGGGAGGUUUGCAAUUAACUCUGUUGAGAACCCAGCAGGGCUUAUAAAUCCCAGGUGGCCCACGGUCAACGAUGCACUGAUCCAGAAUAAGAAGAACCUGGACUUGGAGAUGGAGACCAGUCAGAGUCUUGGGGGGAGUCUGGAUGGAGCCAAGGAGGAAAAGCAUCUGAUGGGCAACCACUAG